GUAUUAAGCAAGAAUUCCGAGGGUAAUAUGGGAAGGGGAUAAAAUGCAAGUUCCAUUACGUCUAUAUAAUGUAACCACAAUUCUCAUUUUGGAACAAAAAAGAAGUUGUCGAUUUCAGUCUUUCUAGUCCCCUUCUUCUAAAUCAUAAAUCAUGGCACUGCAAUCACUACUAUUCUUACAGGCAAACUCUCAAAAUCGAAAUUUUUGUCAAUUCUUAAGCAUGCCCUCAAUCAGGUGCUGUAGCUGUCGAGUCCCUUUUUCUUCAUGGUCUGCUAAAUCAGUGACUAAUAAGUCACCUCAAGCCUGUUUAUCAACAAACUCCCAGCAAGAAUUCCGUCCACUGGCAAACUUUCCUCCCACUGUAUGGGGCAGUCACUUUGCUUCUCCAACCUUUAGUGAAUCGGAAUUUGGGACUUAUGAUAGACAAGUAAACGUCCUGCAGAAAAAGAUCCGAGAACUCUUAACGUCGUCCAGAAGUGAUUCGGUGGAGAAAAUUGCUUUUAUCGACUUACUGUGUCGUCUUGGUGUCUCGUAUCAUUUUGAGAAUGACAUUGAAGAGCAACUGAGUCAAAUUUUCAGUUGCCAACCUGGUCUCCUUGAUGAAAAACAAUACGAUCUCUAUACUGUUGCACUUGUAUUUCGAGUUUUCAGACAGCAUGGUUUCAAAAUGUCUUCUAAUGUGUUCCACAAAUUCACGGACAGCCAUGGUAAAUUCAAGGCUUCCCUGCUAAGCGAUGCCAAAGGUAUGCUCAGCCUUUUUGAAGCUAGCCAUUUAAGCAUGCAUGGAGAAGACAUUCUUGAUGAAGCCUUUGCUUUCACCAAGGAUUACUUGGAGUCCUCUGCAGUUGACCAGUACUUAUGCCCUAAUCUUCAAAAGCAUAUAACUAACGCCCUGGAGCAGCCUUUCCACAAAGGCAUACCAAGACUAGAGGCCAGGAAAUACAUUGACCUAUACGAAGGCGACGAAUGCCGAAAUGAAACAGUACUCGAGUUUGCAAAGUUGGACUAUAAUAGAGUACAAUUAUUACACCAACAAGAGCUAAGCCAGUUCUCAACGUGGUGGAAAGACCUCAAUCUUGCUUCGGAGAUUCCUUAUGCAAGAGACAGAAUGGCAGAAAUUUUCUUUUGGGCUGUUGCAAUGUAUUUUGAGCCUAAGUAUGCACAAGCUCGAAUGAUUAUUGCUAAAGUUGUAUUGCUCAUAUCACUUGUAGAUGAUACAUUUGAUGCAUAUGCCACUAUUGAAGAAACCCAUCUUCUUGCAGAAGCAUUCGAAAGGUGGGAUAAGAGCUGCCUGGAUCAGCUGCCAGAUUACAUGAAAGUUAUCUAUAAACUAUUGCUAAACACCUUUUCUGAAUUUGAGAAUGAUUUGGCAAAGGAGGGAAAGUCCUAUAGUGUCAGAUAUGGGAGGGAAGCGUUUCAAGAACUAGUUAGAGGCUACUACCUGGAGGCUAUGUGGCGUGAUGAGGGAAAAAUACCAUCAUUCGAUGAGUACAUACGCAAUGGAUCAUUGUCAAGCGGAUUACCUCUUGUCGUGACAGCAUCUUUCAUGGGAGUCAAAGAAAUUACAGGGAUCAGAGAAUUUCAGUGGCUAAGGACUAAACCCAAAUUAAAUCAUUUUUCUGGUGCAGUAGGAAGGAUUAUGAAUGACAUAAUGUCUCAUGUGAGCGAGCAAAAUAGAGGACAUGUUGCAUCUUGCAUAGAUUGCUACAUGAAACAAUAUGAAGUUUCCAAGGAGGAAGCAAUUAAAGAGAUGCAGAAAAUGGCUAGCGAUGCUUGGAAGGAUAUAAACGAAGGAUAUAUGAGGCCAGCACAAGUAUCAGUUAGUGAACUAAUGAGAGUGGUCAACCUUGCACGACUAACAGAUGUGAGCUAUAAAUAUGGCGAUGGUUAUACUGAUCCACAACACUUGAAACAGUUUGUUAAAGGAUUGUUCAUAGAUCCGGUUCCUCUUCCAAAUCAAAUUCGUAAAGGAGAAACCAAAACAAAACAUGUGUAAUUUUCGGUUGCAAUAAAAGAGAGCCACUUGCAAUACAUCUACUGCUCUUUGCGCUCCAAGAAUAGAAAUCUUGCUGUGUUUUAAUCAUUAGUUAAAAUUAGCUCAAUAAAUUUUUAGUUAAAUCUCUUAAUUUAUACCCUUCCACUCAAAAAUGUAAUAUUGAAAGAAAAGGGGCAUCCUUGGAUAUCCGUUGUUUGAACUAAAUAUAUUAUUUUUCAAGUUCGGAUCA